AUGCACUGCAAGGUAGGAAAUUACAUUUUCUAUUCAAAUGUCAUUCUGGUUUAAUUAAAAGUGAGAUAUAAGAUUAUAAGGGGUGUUAUUAGGGAAUGGAUUGUCUGUAACUUGCAGUUCUACUUGCCCUUACUAAGCAUAUAGAAAAUGCCAAUUUGCCAAAGCUCAAAACCAACGAACACCUUGUUAACAGAUGGAGACCGACGCAAUCCUUCAUGCGCAGAAGGCGGCCAUGAAAGACACAGAGCCUCGUGGAGAAAAGAUGUGUCGCUACGCCAAACAGAUCUUCAUGGUGUUCUUGGGCUCGUUAUGCUACGUGUUUAUGGGCAUGACCUUGACGUGGCCCAACGUAUUUAAGGCCCACCUCGCCACCGACAACACCACACUAUUCGACACAGAGUUGCACAUCGAUGAAUGGGAGUUCGAUAUGCUAAACAGUCUCAUAAGCGUCGGCAGCGUGUUCGGUUUGCUUUUGUCUGGCUGGCUCGUCCGGAAGAUUGGUCGCAAGAAGUCCCUAAUGGUGUCGGUGAUGCCAGGCCUGCUGGGCUGGAUUACCCUGGGCUUGGCAAUCAACACGCCCAUGCUGCUGUUCGGCAGAUUAUGCGACGGCGUGACCACCGGCAUGAUAACACUAACUGGGAUGACCUACGCCACAGAGAUCCCUGACACAUCUAUUAGGGGCACCGUCUGCACAACUUGCGGUCUCGUGUUCCUCUUCGGUGUAGCACUCUGCGUCAUAUUGAGUCUGGCGCUGACUUGGUAUGCGGUGGCGCUGAGCAACGUGGCUGCCAUCCUUGUUUACAUCUGCCUGAUCGUUCCCUUCCUGCCAGAAAGUCCCACGUUCCUCACCGUCACCAAAAAGGAUAAGGAAGCUAUCAAAGUCCUACGGCGACUUCGAGGAAAACACAUCAACAUCGAGACAGAGAUGGCACUCAUAAAGAAAAUGAAUGACGAUGCCGCGGGCGAUAAAGGAUGGAGUUUCGUUCUGCAGAAAAAGGUACAAAAGACUAUUCUGGUGCUGACCAUACUGUUCUUGGUGCAGGGGUUCAGCGGAACGGCCGUUUUGCGAGCAGACGCGCUAAGAAUUCUGCAGGCUUCUGGGAUAACCGGCAAUACGAACCUGUACGUCAUCCUCCUCCUCUUAAUACCAAUUGCCGGAACCUUCGUGAUGUCAUGUAUGACGGACACUCUGGGUCGCCGCGGGUGUUUGGUGAUCUCCCUUGCUUUCAUGAUGCUCACCUACGUUGUUCUCGGCACAGUUGUCUAUUUUCAGAGUCGACCACUUGUAUCAGUAGUCCCAAUAGACCUCAACGAUACCAUGCAGCAGCAGCCCUACGAAGUAGAGCUCAGCCCGGGACAGUUGACAAUCCUCGUCUCCCUCAUCGUCUGCCUCUUCGCCAUGAACCUCGGCAUUGAGGCUCUCCCCUGGCAACUCGCCUCCGAGUACUUCCCUACAACCAUUCGCUCACAGGCAAUGAGCUUGAGCGUGAGCAUCGGCUGCAUUAUCGCCGCCUUUCCCCUGCAGCUGUACAGCGUCAUGAACAACCUCCUCACCACCGCCGGUCUCUUCUGGUUUUACGCGGCAGUGUCGGGCAUUGGCGUGGUGUUUAUAGUGCAGUGUGUGCCGGAGACUGCCCACAAAAUGGUGGGUUAGAAAAGUAAGAAAAAAACUACUAGGAAGACUCUC